AGUUCAGCAAAAAAAAAAACGGGUAAGAAGGCCUACCAACCUCAGAGUCGCUAAACGUCGCCACCUUCGCGUUUUAUCGUUCAGUAUUGAGCUAGCGGUGUUAUCAGCCAGCAAACGAACGCGCGCGCUCCGCUUCCUUUCCGAUCACUUUCAAAAGAAACCAACCUUCACAAUACCAAAAUGGACCCGCUCAAUCUGGCCGAACGCAUCGAAAAGUUCCAAGCCAGCGAAUGUUACGCGUACGUAAAAGUGCGCCAACUGCAGUGGUUCCUGCGCGGCCAACAAGUCGACCUGAGCGACAAAAAGCAGCUGAAGAUGCUGGACAACAUUUUCACGAUCAGCAGUGCGGACAAGGUCGUCAACCUGCUCGGAUACGCGCUGAAUGCACCGCAGCGAACGUUCAAAGAGGACGAGGAGGUCGAGCAGCUGCUUGCGCAUGGCGACAUGUGCUUUGUGGAGGAAAAAGUCGCGAAAGGGAUCCGGAGGGUGGUUCGCAAGAUCAAACGGAAGGAUCGCGAGAGUCCGUACUGCUUUUCGCUGAUUCCACUGUCGGUGGUGGUGGAUUAUGAGAAUUUGGACAGUGUGUAUGAGACGCUGUUGAUAAAGAUUUACAAAACCUCCAAAUGCGAGUAUGUGGACAUGACUGCCCGGGUUUACAAGAGUUUGGAGCAUUUUCUGGACACGUGCCAGCUGCCGUUUUCGAUCCUGUGCUUUCCCCGGGACGGUGAGCAUUCGUUUGAUGCGUCUGGGGAAAUUGAAAUCGAUUGCAGAAAUGUCGGUUUGAAGAAUAGAGUGUUCAAGAUGACGGAUUUGGUGCUUGGGGCGGUUGGAAUCGUUGGGUCGGUUGGAGCCAUUUUCGCGUCCGGAGGGUUGGCCAUACCGUUUAUAGCGGUAGGAGUGGGAUCUGCGGUGUACUCCGGAAGUCGCAGCAUCGCACAUUUGGUGGACUCGGGCUUGCACGGAAAGUCGGUGAACCCUUUUACGGACAUUACAGCGCUGAACAACUGGUUGAUGUUUACGGUGAAUGCGGUCAGUGCCGUUACGCUUGGAGCAUCGGCUACCGCCACAGCCCUGAGCACGGCCGAUACAACGGUCGACAUUUUCGGCCAGCUAACGAUGGUUUUGAAGGGAAUUUCGGCGGGGACGGAAAAGCUCAGCAUGGUGGAUCUCGUAGUGUUUAAUGUCGUUGAAUGGAGGCGCCUUACAAUGCACGAAAGACUGGCUCUGGCGUGCUCGAUUUGCUUUUGCUUUCGAAAGGUGAUUAGUUUUCACAACGCAGAACGGCUCAUUCGUAUGGUUCGGCUCAGGCAAAUUAGUAUGUACUUUAAAGACAAAGUUUGGCCUUCACUUACUUCUUCAAAGACAUAUUAUUCAAAUGUACGAGAGUUUAUGGAGUUGAACGAAUCAUAUCUGGAAAAAGGAAUGGAGAUCGUUCGGGUGCUUUUGAGGAGCGAGUUCACAGUAAAGGUGAACGAAGCGUUUACAAUAAUACGAUUCAAUGAGUUCGAGUACAGAAUAUCUCAUCUUUUCCGCAUUGAAUUGACCAUGAUUGCCAGCCUUCUUCACAUGCUUUGGGGCAUUUUACCAAUUUUGAAAGACACCUUCUUUCUGAUGAGAAAUCACUUUGAUGACGAGUCGAUUUUGAAAGUCGUCUGCAAUUACGUAGAUAGUUUAGGCGGUGAAAUAAUGCACCUUGAACUCGCCAUCAACCAAUUCAUACAAUUCUUCGACGUAUUGCUUCCCAUUCUAAAUGACACCCCAUGUCUAAUCGACUCAAGCAUUGUCCUGGGGAAAGGACACCGUUUCACAAUCGGAUCAGCUUUUAAAACAUUUGUAACAGAUAAUAAAGAAAACGCGAUCCCCCUGAUCAAAGCCCUCGCAGAGAUGAAUCCUCGCGAGGCCGAUCAAUUAAACACGCUCCGAGAUCGCGCCAACAUCCAGGAAGACCAACUCUUCAAGUGGAUCUCCGAAGGAGCUAACAACAGCCAGGACAUGCUGUCAAAGGCUCGCUUCCUCCUUUCAAUCGACGAUCUUUGUACCGAGCAAUCGCUUCACAUAACUGACUUCAAAAUUUCGCGAGGCACCGUAGAAGUAGAAUCGCUGUUCGAAGUCGAUCCCAAACUGAUGAAUCGAAUCGCGCUGGACAAGCACGGCGGGUGGGCAUCACUUAAGUGUCCGGUUCGAGCUACCCGCUGAAAUUAGCAGGGGGUUUGACACACCACGAGUUCAAAUUCAAGUUCGAUCUGACGGUCGAAACUGAAUUCCACGAGCACGAGCAAAUUUUCAGCGAUGUCUAAAACAUACGUCCAUGAUUAGAGGCAAUCCAUGAUUAAAGUAUAGUAUGGUCCAGAAGUCUUUUUAAGACGUCACUCUGCUUUUUUGUGGAUGUUUCGAUGAGACUCCGCGUAAAUCCGUCGCAACAGGGGGGAGGGAGACAAAAACUUAAAAUAAAACUUGAAUUGGCCUAAUUAUCAGCUAAAUUCAAGUAUUUAAAGGUGCAAUAAAAUAUAUUUUUUCUAUGUUAUUGGGUUAAAUCAUUGUUUAGCAGCUGUAUAAAAUAAGUUGAAGUGUUAAUAUGCCAAUACUAUGACAAAAGGUCGAAAGACAUUAGAUCGCUUGGACAAAAGGUCGAAAGAUAUAUGGUCGAAUGGACAAAAGGGUGAGGUUUUUUUUAAGAAGUUCUUUAGUGAAAAAACAGGUUCCUUUUCAGGUUUUAAAAAAUUACAAAAACAUCAAUAAUUUAUUUUGAAAAGAACGUUAGGAACCCGGUGGAAAUACAUGUUUCUCCCUAUUCUUAAAAUGUAGUUUUUCCUAGAGAAAGUUUAACUUUCACGAGUAAAAUAAUAAGAGAACGGCCUGAACAAGUCAUCCAAAAGAAGCCAAAUGAAACUAUAUUACAUCAUUAGUUUUUUCAUACAAGUUAACUGCAUGGUCAUUCAAAUGGAAUGGAAUAUUCGAAAAUCUGUAUCUUGAGAAGGAAUUUUUGGAUCAAUAUGGUGUCUUUGGCAAAUAAAUAUUCUAUGAAAAACAGUCCAACGGAAAUUGUUUCAAAUUAUUUCACUUUUUAUUACUGAAGGUUAAAUUCCCACAAUACAAUAUUAUUUGAUUUUCGACUUUUUUAUAUGUUUUAGAAGACAUCUUUUGCGCUUGAGACGGUCAAAAUCUUGUACCCGAUUUUUUUUUAAGCAAAGAUACAGUAGUUUUUCGGUAACUGGGCUUCUUUUUACCGGGGCGCUCGAGCAGACAAACGUCAAAAAACAAAAACAAAUCAAAACGACCGAGGGGUUAAUGGAUGCAAAAACUCAUGCUCGAUACAGAAAAAAACUUUUAACCAACUAUUAUUUAAUUUCAAGUCACAAUUAAAGAAAUAUGAAAACAAAUCAUUGUAAAUAAAUUUGAGUAACUUUUAUUUUUAUAUUCCAUCAUGAAAAUAUUAUGCAUCGGUGGUCCCCUCGUUGUUUUUCGUUCAGCCCAGUUAGUGAGCAGCAUUCGGUGACUGGGCUAUGUUUUCAGUCCAGUUACCGAACAAGUACUUUAUUUCGAAAACUUUUUUAGAUGCAAAAUCAAAUUUUUCAAUCGAAAACUACUUUACAUUCAUUCAGAUGAAGUACGCCGUUUUCAAGUAAUAGGCAUUCUAUGGUUAUUUUAUGCGAUUGUUUGCAAUUAAAAAAUAAAAAAUAAAAGAAAAGCAUUCUUGCAAAACAUAUUUCUUAAAAGCAUAGAAAAUUUCAAACAAUUUCUUAUUUAGACUAUAUUGAUCGGACUGCCUCGAACUAACCUCUUAAAGUUUAAAAUUUGUGAAAACGGGUAGUACUCACGAUAUCGAUAUCUCGGGAACAAUUGUUUCGAAUUUCAAAGAUAAAAAAUGAAAAUAAGAUAGUUUUAGCUUCACGAUUUGUUUUGUAUUGGUGCUUUACCUUAAUUAAGUAUUUUAACAGAAUUGAACCAAAUUUGCACCGAAAUAGUAGUUUUUGCAAUUCCGUCGUGAAACUACUUACUUUUCCUGUCAUUCUUGAACGACGAAAUAGCCUACUUUUCUGUACCAAAAAUAACAGAAUCGAAUAGCAACACUUUUCAAAAUAAAUGCUGAAAAGUUCAAAGCACUGAAAUGGGUGCUGAAAAGUUGAACUUUUCAGCACUUGUUUCGAAAAGUAACACUUUUAAUUUUUUUUUUAUUUAAACGAUUUAUUGACAAAAUACAUGAAAAUUCGACUUAAAAUUUCACUCAAUGGGUGUUUUUCGAAGUUGCAAAAAAUGUUGUAUGGAAAUCGUUGCAAAACUUGAUUUUUUCAGCACUCGUCGUAUUUAUCCAACUCGGUGAACCUCGUUGGAUAAAUGUACGACUCGUGCUGAAAAAAUCCUCUUUUUGCAACUUGUUGCAUAAACUACACGAGUCGCACAUUUAUCCAUCGAGAUUCAAUCGACACCAAAUCGAUCUGAAAAUUCCUUCUCAAAACUCAGACCCACAAAAAUGACAAAUUCUAGAAAACUACCUAAUUUAAUUUUGAAAACCUCAAAGUUAAGAAUUCUAUAUAAAAUGGAACGCUCUCCUUACAGAUUCAUAUUACAAGUAGCUUUAAAUCAUUACUUGAAUAAUUUUUAACUAUUUAUUACGAUGUUAACCAUAUUUAUUUUAUGUUAUAAACAGCCGUUCUCAUAAAAAUGAUGAUUCCACAAGAGUAAAUACUUGGUUUGAUAAUUAUUAUGCUUUGAAGGCUGGGACGAUUUUUUUUAGAAAUGUCGAAAUCGUCAAACUUACAUCGGUGAAUUGUGCGUUGAACGGCAGAAAAUGAUAAUAAUUUAUUGAAUGUUUGAAGAUCUGGAACUGUUUUAGGAAUGAUAAAUAAAAAUCAAAAUGAAUAGCAAAAGAAGUGAUGGAUAUUAUUUCGCCCGAAAUCAUAAUAACCCCUGUGAUCCGAAGAAAAAAUGCACUUCAAUUUAAUUUAAAAUUAAAAUGAUCAGGCAAAUAAAAACGAGAAUAGGGGAAAUCUACCCUUUCCAAUCAAACACAUAUCUUCGUCAUAUGGAGAGUUUGAUGCUCGAUUAAAGCUCCAAAAAUACUAUUUGGGCUAUAAACUUACCAGCAACAGCACCGCCUCGAGUAAGCACGCAAAUGUAUGCCACUUACUGGCCAAAAAGAUCACAUUUAAUGCACUUUUGAUCAUAAUUUGUAUUUUGCGAGACCACUUCUCAUCAUUUUGUUGGCACACACAGUGACACACACGAGAAUCCCUCAAUGAAUAUCGCCAAAAUUAACUUUUCACUUUCGCUUACUUUUUCACGGCGCUUAAGAUAUGAAAUUGCUUCCAACUACCGGCAACAUGUUCUUUUGAUCAUUAGUAAGGCACUCACUUGAAGAAUAAUCCCGAAAAAUGUAAUAAA